AGAUAGUGAGAAUCUUUCUGCUCCGUUAAUGGACAAGAGGAGCAGCAUGGGAUUGCCUAGAGGUACGGACGGCGCUUGAAAGAUGUCUCCGUUCGGAUGAAGUGUCUGAAUUCUCGAAAGGAAAAUGUAUUCCGGAGUUUUCCCACCUGAUUACAACAAGUAUGAAGCGCCAACUGUGAAAGGAAAAGCAGCUCAUGUCUAUUUUCAGAUGCACGUUAUGGAUGUUGACAGGAUAGACGAAGGUCUCAUGGAGUUCAGCAUUCAAAGCUAUUUAUCAGAAGUAUGGGAGGACAAACGUCUGAACCUGAGUAUUUUUCUUGGAAACAAAGAGGGAAACGUUGUGUUUCCUGUCGUUCUUUCGAACUACAUCUGGACACCAGACUUGGUAUUCGACAAUGCAAAAUCAGGUCAUCUGUUCGAUCUUUCUUUGCCCAACAAGCAUCUGCGAGUUCUCAGAGAAAGCGUCUUACUGAGGUCAUCCAGAUUCAGUCUUGUAAUCAGUUGUCAGAUGAAUUUUCACCAUUAUCCAAUGGAUACUCAGCAUUGUUUUCUCAAAAUUGCGUUUUUGUCAAAUCCUGAUCAUAUAGUGGAACUACAUUGGUCUGAAGAAAAAGAGGAACUGCACAGAAAAAGUGGACAAAGCAUACUGCUCACGAAUAAUAUUCAACCUCUAAAAUACGAGCUGUUGCCGCCAACAUCAUACAAAACGAAGGAAGAAUGGAUUGCAGGUAACUUCACAUAUCUGUAUGCUAACUUUACGUUUGUAAGGAGAAUUUCAGGAAGUUUGCUCAAUGUUUAUGUUCCUAGCAUGCUGGUGGUUUUUCUGUCUUGGAUAUCUUUCUGGUUGGAUGUUGCAGCUGUGCCAGCCAGAAUAACCCUAGGAGUGACGUCACUUCUUACUCUUGCAACGCAAGUAGUCCAAGCACAUAACGGACUGCCGCCUAUUAGCUACAUGACUGCCAUGGAUAUAUGGCUGUUUGCUUGUCUCAUUACAGUCUUCGGAUCUCUUCUGGAAUAUGCUUUUGCCUACCAGACAUAUUUCGCAUAUAAACAGCACACAUUUGUAUGCCCUCAGCGGUCAGAUAUACCUAUGGUGAAAGUUGGAGAAAAUCUGAAUGGGAUAAGAACUUCGAGUACAGAAUUAUCCAGUCGCCUCCUGUUUCGUAAACCGCUCAAGGAAAUCGAACAUCGCUUACAGAAUAACAAAAUGAAAGUCAAAGAACGUACUUUGGACAACUUAUGCCGAAAAUUGUUCCCGUUGGCAUUUACAACUUUUGCUGUUAUAUACUGGACGUUUUACCUGUUGUUAAAAUAGACUGCAACUACUGCUUCUACAAUAAGUACAACUACUAUAUGUAAAUAUUUUUUUAUCUUGCUAACCCAGUUGACCUACUAUGUUUGUGUAUUAUCAUCUUUUAUUUCAUUUAUUAUUGAUCGUUUCAGCUAAGCAAGAAGAUCCUUUCAUUCUAAUAGCCCACAAGAAACAUUUCAACAAAAAUUAACAUUUGAAUGCUUCUGUAUGCUUUCUUAUUUAUAGUUCACCAUGAGCUGAAAUAAUAUUACCGUUAUACGAGUAGUAAUCUCUUUUUUUUUUUUUUUUUUUUUUUUUUUUUUUUUUUUUUUUUUUUU